AAGCGACUACAGCAAACUCAAGCGCAAGUUGAUGAGGUUGUCGACAUCAUGAGAGUAAAUGUCGAUAAAGUUUUGGAACGUGAUCAGAAAUUAUCCGAAUUGGACAACAGAGCUGAUGCGCUACAAGCUGGAGCUUCACAAUUUGAACAUAGCGCUCAUAAAUUGAAACAGAAAUAUUGGUGGAAAAACAUGAAGAUGAUGAUUUUGCUUGUAGCAGUCAUCCUUAUAAUCCUCAUUGCGAUUGUCAGUACGUUCUGUAAUAUAUUCAUGCAUCGUAUUAUUCUAAUCUCUAUCAUAAGCGAAUUGUAA